AGAGCGCAGAGCCGCAGAGGGAGAGGAGAAGGAGCACAGCUCGCUCAGACUGCAUGUGUGACCGCUUGAGGCAACACUGACUUGUUCUUGUUCUUGAGCUGCGUUGUGCGUAAAAGGCGCGUUUUCAUUUUUACGCACGGACAUAGAGUGUAAGCGACCAGGGUUGGAAUUUAAAGGUCAACUAAAAUACUUAAUUACUGAACUGGUUAUUUCCACAGUGACGCUUUCAGGAACACCUAUACAGUUAGGUGAGUGGUAGAUUGCGCGUGCAGCGCUGACGCUUUCUGAAACUUCCAGUCGUUGUUUUUACGUUUGGCACGGGAUCUUGAACUUUGCUGUGUUAUGAUUUAGAUUGAUAUUCUGUGGUUUAACGUGAGUUCCUGUCUUAAACCGCAAAAUGGAUUCUUUAUUUAAUUCAACCGAUGUGCCAAAUUGGACCACCAGCCCCAAUGACACUAACGGGACUGUUUACCACAACCAGUUCGUGCAGCCAGUCUGGAGAAUCGUGCUCUGGGCCAUUGCGUACAGUUGUAUAGUCAUUGUGUCCGUUGUAGGUAAUGUUACAGUGAUCUGGAUUAUCAUGGCGCAUAAACGCAUGAGGACCGUCACCAACUAUUUUCUGCUGAACCUGGCGUUCGCCGAAGCCUCCAUGUCCGCCUUCAACACGGUCAUCAACUUCACCUACGCCGUGCACAACGAGUGGUACUUCGGACUGGUCUACUGCCGCUUCCACAACUUCUUCCCCAUCGCGGCCGUGUUUGCCAGCAUCUACUCAAUGACUGCCAUCGCUCUGGACAGGUACAUGGCCAUCAUCCACCCUCUGCAGCAGCGCAUGUCAUCCACAGAGACCAAAGUGGUGGUGGUUGUGAUCUGGGUGCUGGCUCUGCUCCUGGCCUUCCCCCAGUACUACUACUCCAACAUGGACGAGCUCCCCGGUCGGAUGGUGUGCUUCAUCGACUGGCCCGAAUACGUUGUGUGCGACUUCAAAAAGAUGUACUAUGUGUGUGUGACCAUCCUGAUCUAUUUCCUUCCUCUACUGGUGAUGGGUUGUGCGUAUCUGGUGGUGGGACUGACCCUCUGGGCCAGCGAGAUCCCUGGAGACUCUUCUGAUCGCUACAAGGAGCAGCUGACCGCCAAACGAAAGGUGGUGAAGAUGAUGAUCGUGGUGGUGUGCACGUUUGCCAUCUGCUGGCUACCCUACCAUGUUUACUUCCUGCUGCACCAGUACUUCCCUUACAUGUUUGAGGAGAGGUUCAUCCAGCAGGUCUACCUGGCCAUCAUGUGGCUCGCCAUGAGCUCCACCAUGUACAACCCCAUUAUCUACUGUUGCCUCAACGACAGGUUUCGUGCUGGUUUCAAACAAGCCUUCCACUGUUGCCCCUGCGUCCCUAAAGGCUCGUACGAAGGGCUGGAACUCAAGUCCACUCGCUACCUGCAGACCCAGACCAGCGUUUACAAGGCCAGUCGGAUGGAGAGCACCGUGUCUACUGUUCUUCAGGUCAGGGACGACAUGGAGCAGCCCAAGGUCAAGGCAAUAGCAGGUCCAGGACCCUGUGGGGCUGCGGUCGGGGCCAGGCCACAUAGCUCCUCCCUGGACCUGACGUCCAACGGGUCAUCAUCCCGGAGCGUUUCCAAGACGGUGUCAGAAACGUCCAGUUUCUACUCCAGUAACAACCAGCAGGAAUAGACCACAAACACACAGAGAGCAGAGGGAGAGUAUGACUUGACUGUUCACAUUGCCUGCCUGUGUUCAUGCAAAUGUACAGCGUGAAUGUGUGAGCUUGUCUGCAAGUGACUGUGGCAGAAUUUUUGAUGACUACAUUUCUAGCGUGUCCAUUGAAGUUCUGUUAGGUCCAAGAUGCCCUUGUGUAAAGUACUCCCACUUCUGGCAGUGAAUGAUCAACUGGCAUGAUAGAGGUUUGCUCUGUGCCACAAUGUGACAAUGUGCAUUUCAACAACUUGAGUACAUUCCAGUUCAAAAGCUGAGCUGAAGCAGACGCUGGCACCUUCAAGCGUCACAGCCUCUGCUUGUCACACCAGCCUUCUCUCGGAGCAGGGAGAAGGUUCACACAUCCUCACUCACACAAGCUGUGUGACUUCACACAGUCUAUUUUAGAGAGGAGCUAUAUCCGCAGAACAUCAUGCUCUGAACACAGCCGCCUCCCGUUUUAAAAGGGGCGGUUCUUUGCGAGGAGACAGGAAGUUUACAGGAAGUUCUCUACACCUGUAGCAGGGAAGACGUGUAUCUGUGUGUGUGUGUGUGUAGGUGUGUGUGUGUGUGUGUGUGUGUGUGUAGGUGUGUGUGUGUGUGAGAGAGAGAGAGAGAUGAUCAGAAUGUCAACUUCGUCUCCCCGAGCAGACGUUCCUCAACGUCAGUGCACUCCUUCAGCUGUCUGGCUGACGGAGACCUCCGUCAAUGACCUGCAGACAUUGCUGAAAGUUCUGAAAAUCACCUGAAACACCGGCAGCAUCUGGCUCAGCUUUCCUCUGAGCUUGGAGCAUCAUCUUUGAAAGUGGUGGUGGUGCUUCAGAUUCUGAAGAGGCCAAUAGCGGGCCUGAAGUAAAAACACUAGAAGAUAAACUGCCCAGUGUGAGCCAUGAGUCCCACACUCAGUCCUUUGUGACACCUCUAAACCCAGACAGCUCUGGCAGGUAGCUGUCAGAUCGGCAAAGCACAGCAGAUGAAAUGUUUCAGUUUCCUUAAGAAUCAAUUCACUUUCACAGUAAUAACUGUCCCACCAGCUGCCUGUCGGUCUAACCUGCUCCAUCACCUUUUCUUGGCCGUGUCCUGAAUACAAGACUCCAUUUAAAAAAAAAAAAAUGUUGAAUUACCUGCUGCUCUCUUUAUGUAGCUGCUCUGUCCUUCCAGCUGGCACUAACAUGCUCAUGCAGUGAUUCAGCUGGAUUACAUUUACACCUCACAGUCAUGUGUCUGUGAUUUGUGUGCAUCUGUGGUUCUGUAGGUGACCAGAUCUAUACCCCCUUUUCAGACAUGAACUCACAACAACGCAGCAGGAGAUCACAUGUUGUUGUUUACAGCACAUUGACCCAGGCCCUUAUCACCAAAAGCUCUCUUGAAAUCUUCGUCGGUGUCUUCUACGUGUCUAGCACUGAGAUAUUUUGAUUAUUUUUGGAAUGUUUUUUAUUUCCUGUUUUGCAUCAGUCGCGUGGGAAAACCUUUUUAUCUAUGCGCCUCCUCGCUCGCAGUAAAUCCUCUGGAGGAUCUCCUGCUGUGUUCUCACGUGAGGUCACUUGAACAUCAUCUGGAAUUCUUAUUAGGAGGCUUGCUAGAGAAAGUCAGGAGCCUCACUCGGAUAUUUGCAUUCUCACGUACAUCCCCAGAGAAUGUCAGGAGAUUCUUCAGUGAUCAGUUCAUGUCUGAAAGCAGCUAUACUCGCAUUAUAUAUUUUGUUGUUAUCUCCUAAAUGUAAUCCGGCCAUGCAAGACGCAUGUUAGUUUUAGGUUUAAUGGGCUUCAUAGAUGUUUUAGCCUGGACUGACUGUUAGAGUGUAGCUCUCUAAUGUGUAGUGAUGUGCCUUGCUGAUGAGCAUGAUGUCUGUAAAAGGGCAAGGGGAGCAGAGGAGCAGCUCGCUCUGCUGGGGUCCAGGAAAAGGACAAUUAGAAAACAGGGGCUAUGGAAGCUCAAUGUGACAAAUGGUAUUUACCCUCCUUCAGUGGUAAACACACACACACACACACACACACACACACACACGCAGGAACAUAUUACCACUGUAAAAAAUCUUGGCAGUGGAUUUGAAUGCAAGCCUGGGUCACAGCAUACUUCGUCAAACUGAUUUAAUACUGUGGCAAAUUGUUUUAUUUAGUUUCAACAAACUUCAGAUGUUCUAUCAUAUCAGUCAAACUUCCUUCACCAUAUUCAAGAUAGUCACUUGCAACAUGUUUCAAGCAUAUUUUUUAAAUUCAUAAGGGAAGUUAAAGCAGAACAUUUUACUACAAAUAUCCUGUGGUGACAUUAAUAACUAAAUCCACAAGAUUUGCAUAUUUGCUGUGUACAUAACAAACACAGUGAGGCAGUAUCAGACAAGGACACACGACGAUGUGAGAAAGUACGUGUCAGAGUUUAUGCAUUGGAAAUUAAUUCUGUGGUCUUACAUUAUUAUCAGGAUUCAUAUGUGAGACAAAUCAGACUUGCUUGCCAAAUUUCAAGGUUGAUAUUCUUUGCAGUGUGCAUGCACCACACAUGCACUCACAUAUGUAGCACGAUCACCUGUUGACACCAAUCAUUACACACACACACACACACACACACACACACCACAACAUUCAUCUGCCUGACGCCCAGUCUAUUCUCAGCACACAAAGCCUGUUGUUGUAAAUUCCACAGUCAGCUGACAUGAAACUGAGGAGCAGAGGUGAAGCAACAUGACUUUAUUGUAUCACUUCAUGCAGCACGUACAAGGCUUACCAUUACGUUGUCUGGGUGACAUGGAAACAUAAUCAACACUAAAUGCACGUGAGGUCAAUUUCAGUGCAGAGAGAAAAUGAAGGGCACACAACAAACAUUAGACUGCAUAUAUAAAAUAUGAACUUGUCAUCUCCUUCAUCAACAUUCUACUAUUUCAUCAAGGCUUGAAUAUAAAAAUAAUACAUCCCGCAGAACUUUUGGAAAAUUUAUGUCCUGGCCAAGUCAUCACUUCAGAAAUGACUCGGAUGCUGAAAUUGCACUACUGGACUUCAUGAUCAUAGAUCUCUGGCUUUGAUGCAGCAAGCUAGCACAUGGUCAUACACCAGCUUUAGUGAUAGCUCAUUGGGCCCUUCAUUCAAAAGUAGGUAGAUGUGGAGAAGGACAUUUUACCACAAAACUUUGUCGUAGAUAAGAUUAUUUAUUUACAAAUACACAUAAGGUUUGACAGUGGUUAUGCCCUGAAGCUUCAUUAAUUUGAAUAAUGACAUAUCCCUGGGUUUGCUAUGAGAAUAGAAACACGAUAAGUUAAGGAAUACAGUAAGAGCAGGCCCUAUAAAAAGAACAUUCAAAUAAAAUAAGUCAUUCCAUUCCAUUCAGUCAGAUACAGUGGGGCCAAUCUAAACCUGGUGCAACGGGGCCAAGUGCAACUCAAGUGCCUUUGCUUGUUUUAUUAGCAAAUAGACCCAAGCACCCAAAGGUGUGUGUUCUUUAAAUGAGGAGGGGUCUGGUGAAAUGUUGGUGCACUUCUAUCAUGAGCUUUCGUCAGCUGCUUCUUGGGGCAUUCAGUCAUGGCAGUAAUUACUCCUACAUAGCCAGAUGCACACCUAGUGUACACUCUGUUUGUUACACACAGAGACUCUGCACUUUGACAUUGACCAUAAGUAGAUCAGUUUCCUCUGCAGAGACACGUUCACUCUUACUUCCCCUGAAAAUCUGCCAUCAUGAUUUGGUUUAUUGGAUUUUACGCCCGAAACACACCCAUGAUUCAUUACAGUAAGAAGAGAUAAGGUGCCUCUUUAUUGGGGGUGGGAAAGAUGCAAAUCAGCCAAAAAUGCCAUUCUUUAGUUAAAUUAUCAAAGUCAAUUUCAGCCAAUGUGAUGAAAAGAAAGAUUGUGUAAUGUUUUGCAGGAAUCAAAACAAAACUCUUGGGUCAGCUUAGUUUGAUCUUAUUAUUUUGUCACUCGGCCCCCUAACUACGCUUUCCAGCUCCUCCUUGUGGAUCCUGAGGCUUUCCCAGGUCUGAUGGGAUAUAUAGAACCUCCAGUGGGUUCUGGGUCUACCCCAAGGUCUCCUCCUGAUUGGACGUGCCCAGUAAACCUCCAACGGAAUGUACCCAAAAGGCCUCUUAACUAGAUGCCCUACCUGAACUGUCCCCUUUCUACAUGAAGGAGCAGAUGUUCUACUCCGAGCUCCCUCCUGAUGUUUGAACUCCUCAUCCUAUCUCUAUAUAGCUAGGCCCGGCCAUCCGACAGAGAAAACAGAUUUCGGCCGCUUGUAUUCGCGACCUCGUUCUUUCAGUCAUGACCCUUAGCUUGUGAGCAUAGGCGAGGGUUGGAAUGCAGAUCAACCUGUAAAUCAAAAGCUUUGUCUUGCAGCUCAGCCCUUUCUUCACCACAAUGGUCUCAUACUACGCCCUCGUUCCUACUCACGGCACCUGUCAUUAUCGUGCUCCAUCUUCCCCUCCUUCCUGAACAAGACUCCGAGAUACUUAAACUCCUUCACUUGGGGCAGCACCUCACCUCCAACCUGGAGAGAGCAAUCCUUUUCCGGCAAAGAACCACGGCCCCAGACUUGGUGCUGACUCUCAUCCCAACCACUUGCAAAACUGGCUGCAAACCUCCCCAGUGCGCAGAAGAGGUUACGUCCUGAUGUAGCGAACAGAAGCACAUCUGUGUUGUUUUCAUCACAUUGGCAGAAAUUCAGGGCCGUAAUUUAUGGAUUCACAGCACUGUGUGUGUCUGUGUGGGUGUGUAUAUGUGCAUGCAUGCAUGCUUGAAUCUGUGUAUGUGUGUGUUUGCAACAACAUUCCAACAAUGGUUUUGGUGUAAAAGUAAACCAAUUGUUAUGGCCAAGGACAUGAUUUCCCUACACUUCUCAAAGCGGAAGAAAUCUUGAUGUUAUGAAGGUUUACAAACACGUUUCUGAUAUGAUGAGCAAAAGAAAAUUAUUAUGUAGCAUCAGCUGUCUGAACCAGAGAGGAAGUAGAGGAGUAACGCACAAUGAGCUUACACUCCAAAAAUCUAUCAUCUCAUCAGUUAUUUAGUUUUAAUUUGACUGCUGUACGCUCAUGGUUACCAGCAGGGCAGGAAUCAUCCACCAGUAUAUUCCCGCAUCCGCCCAUCACUUGGAGGGGUCAAGUGGAGCAGGUGAACGAGCUGGGGCCCUUAAUGAAUGUGUAAUCAACUUUGUUCAACGAGUGCUCCUUAAAUGAACGUACUGCAGGCGCCCGCUCUCGCUGCCUCUCAAACACACACACUCCCGCACACACUCACAUAGCCGUCACUGAUGAGAGCUGUAGCGAUGGAGACAAAUGAUGCCAGCUUGUUGCUGAGAAGAGGCGCCAGGCAGGCUGCACAGUGGGGUGAAUAGUCUCAUCAGCACCAUCUCUUCCUGUGUUUCUAUCCAUCCCUCGCUCUCCAAUCAUGCUAAUUACAGCAAAGAAGAGGAGAGGGCAACCAGGCAAGCAUAUGCAGAAAUGCCUCACACAAACAAGGACAUGCACACACAAACAUGUGCUUGCAGGACUCAUCAUUAACUGGGGUGAAGAUAUAAAGGUUUGUCACAUCAGUGUGACUGGUGCAUGCUCAAGCCAAUUAGCUUUGAGAGUGCCAUCCACAACAUAGAGUCAUUCAACGUCCUUACUUCAUGCAGCACUUAGAGAGCACCUCAUUCAUUAAAAUGUGUUAUUUACACAUAAACAGUAGAUGGGGCUUCAUCCAGAGUAAACACAUCAUGUGAGCCACGUUAUAAGAAUUUCUCAGUGUUAACUCGACUGCAGUUAAAAAAACAGCCUCUGCAACAAUGUCAAAAUGUGCAUUGCUGCAGCCAGGCUCAGUGUAGUUGUUUUGUGAGAUUAGUCGACCUACAGUACUCUGUUUUGCUCAUCUUGUACAAAAAGACCAUCUUUCCACCGCUCCCUUUUGUGAACAUCAUCAUGAACUAGACACUCUGAGCUGAAAAGAGAACUCACCUUUAACGGUGAUAUCGAUAUAUCUGUAUCUGUGUCGUGUUGUGAAAUGAAUUCACCCAUGGAAAGAUGUACAGUAACACACCAGGUGGAACUUGUGAAUGUGUGUGAAAGUGACUGGACUCUGGGGGAAGACGCAGACUCUGUGCCAUGAAGAGACAUUUUAAAGUACUAGUGCCUGUUACUAUACAAAUGGUCAAAUACCUCUCUCUGUGUCUGGAAACUAAAUACCAUUGCUUUUGCUUUAUCUGCCAUGUGGCUGCGGAUGAGCCGCUUGUUAUUAGUUUAGUCACAUCCACUGUUUAAUGCUUCUCCUUUAGCCUUGCACUGUGGUCUGCCUUACCACAGCUUUAUUGAUAUUUUCACAGUCAGUGAUUCUAUAGUGUUGAGGUAUUUGCUCUAUUUAGUUUUGGAUUGAAUUGUCUUCAAUUAGAUAUUAAACUUGAAGUUCAAGGAUGAGGUAGGCGAUGUACUAUAUGUUUCUUAUUAUCAACAAAUCCAUAGACAAAAAUUAUCCUUUUAUUUAACUCAAUUCAUUCAGGUUGACAUGUUGUUUUUUCAUUAUUUAGAAAAGUUAUUUUGGCUUUGCCCUGACUAGUCAGUAGCAAGUUGUGCAUUUGCUCCAUCAUUGUUAAUUUCAGUCAAGCUGUGGUAGCUAAAGAUAAGAUCAGCAAACGCAAAUAUCUUUCACAACGAUCAAAACCCAAAUAUCAAAUGUUCACCUCUGUAGGUAUAGUGACUAAAAGCCAGUUUUUUUUUUCUGAGAUGGUGUUCCCAAUUUAAUUCUGCCUGCUUAUCUCUGAUUGGUCGACAGCAGAAACAGCCAAUAAUAGACACAGCAUUUCAUAUUUUGGUGGUCAGGAACCAGGUUAAACGAAUCUCAAGACCAAAAACACGUCAGACUCACCAUCGAAACGUCACUACGAGCACACACACAUAUACACACAGUCGUGUCUCCAAAGACAUUACAUUGACCCUCUUGAGACUUACCCUAACCUUAACCAUAGUUACUACCUGCCUAACCUUUACCCUAACCUGACCUAAAAACAUGUUUACAUGUUAAAUUUGAAUGAUUUACGUGAUGGGGACUUGCUUAGUAUCCCCAUAAGCAACAUGAGUAAAAGUUAUAUCACACACACACACACACACACAUAGUAGACUGCUCUUCUAGUGAUUAUUUUUUUGGGAUUUGUCGACAACAAGAUAUAUAUAUAUAUAUAUAUCACAACCUUAUUCUUGAAAGUGCCGAGUCGUGGCUGUGAAUCAAUAGUUUACUUCACAGUUAUAUCCACACAACACAACUGUCAAGAGCUUGUAUUCCUUUGAAUGCAUAGUUACAUAGCUACAAUUUCUACUAUUACCCCAAUAUUUAGUUUUUAGUCCCUCAAAUACCCUCAACGCUGAGAGUCAGCCUCUUCAGCCCAGUCAGUGUUUCAUUUGAAGUCCAUUGUGCUUGAAUAUAGAGCUAAGAGACGUUGCUCAGUGUGUGACAAAAAUGCAUAUGUGAUCAUAUAUGUGAUAUUGUAUGGGUAUUUUCUGACAUAGCCAAGUACGUCAGUCUGAGCACUAUAUUGUAUUGGUGUUAUGCGUGCUUCUAUCAUGCCUGCUUACUGAAAGGGAAUUAGGCUGAAAUGGCAUUUUAAAUAUCUUUCUCCAAACAUUCUAUCAGGCUUUUGUCAUUUGAAGAAAAAACCCAGCAGUAAAUCUUGUGUAUUUUUCUGUGUUUUCUGCUAUGAGGUGACUGUGUAUCUGUUACUGCCUCCAUUUGUGGAGUCACAUAUAAUGUACAGUGAGUGUUUUUAUCUGUGCUCUUUGCCAAAGUGGAAGUAUCAAUUUUAUUGUCUUCUAUUAAAGAAAGAAUAAUUACAGUAUUGAUUUGCAAAUCA